UCAAAGCGGACUCAUGUGGCGGUUCCGUUGCCGGAAACACAUUUUAAAGAUAUUUUUUUUAUUGUUUUCCCCCUCUAUAUCAAAAUGCAGUCAGACAGUCUCCGAUGGGAAACGAUAGAAGCUUUGAAAAACUCUCCAAAAGGAAAACUUCACUAUGAUCCCCACUGGUCUGAAAGAGGAGAGGACAUUUUGGCAGGUUAUCAGGAGUCUCCGAGCCUCUCCUCUUAUUCUGCUCCUGUGGUGGAACGCCUCAACUCUCUCCAGAUACACAAGUCCAGGCUGAGCUCCGUAUCAGGCGGGUCCAGUCCGGGUUUCUCUGAGGACGUCCAUAACUCUUUCUCCUCCUGCUCCAUCUUCAGCCUCAACAACAGGAAUAAUAAUGGGCUUUCUACAGUGUCCUCAGCAUCCCCCAUAAAACAGGACAUGGAACAGGUGGUGAGUGAACCCUCCACAGAACCAGUGCCGUUUGCUGAAGCGGUGCUCAGUCCUCCUCCAACCUCAGGGCUUCUCCUGGUGUCGUGCAAAGAAAUAAAAACGGCUGGACAGAUCAUCCGCUUUCAGGAGGAAACCAGGGAGAAAGCUAAGCUGGCAGUGCGUCAGAGACAGGAGGAGCAGGACAAGCUGGUGGCUGCGGUGGUGAGCUCAGAGACAGAGCAGCUCAAACGCUUUGAGGAGCUGAUGGAGCUGAAGCAGAGACAAGACCUACAGAGUGUGCAAGACAUGAUGGACAGAGAAACAAAAGAAAGCAUCGGGAGACAAGAAAAACUUAAAGAGGAACAGCGACAUCGAACAAAGAUCUUAAACCUGCGUCUCCGUGAGGCCGAGCAGCAGAGGCUGAGAGAGGCGGAGCUGGAGAGGCAGAGGCAGGCCGAGGGCAGGGAACGCCUCCGGACCUUAAACUCCAUCCAGGAAGAAGUCUUACAGCUCAACCAGGUCCUGAACCAGGCCCUGAACACCCCCAAAGACCCUAAAGACCCCAGUGCCCAAGUCCUCGUGCAGAGCCUGGCUGUCCUGUGCCAGAGAGGGAACCAACUCUGCUCCCAGGUGUCCGAGGUGGUCCGGAAAACUGCAGAGGGCGAUUUCCCAAGUGUGGAGGACAUGACCAUAGCAGAACGAGCCCUCCACAACAUGAGAGCUCUGAUCCAUCAGCAGCAAGAGGAAGUGAACAGAGCCGAGGAGAAGAAGAAGAAAGAGGCAGAACUGGAGGAACAGAGGAAGAAAGAGGCAGAGCAAAAGGCUAAACAGGAAGCAGAGAAGAAGGCUGCAGAGGCUGCCAAAGAGAAAGCCAAGAGAACAGGGCUGCAGAGCGUCCCAGAAGACUCAACUCUGAAAUGGUUUAAAGAGCUCCAGGACUCUGCUGAUGCUGUUGCCCAGUCCUUUGAAGAGUUGUCCUCCACAAAAGAUGCCAAGUUAAAGAAGUUGAAGUUGAAUUUAAUGAAGGCAUCUGUGAUCCCCGUGAGUCAGAUCUCCACCAACUCUGGCUCCUCCCUCCGUGACAUCUUUGACAAAAUUGAUAAACUGCUGAGCGGCAAAACGGUGCAGUCUGGAGGGAUGUCUGUGUCCACAACACAUCACCCGCAGGGACGCCAGUUCGCCUGCUACAAACUUGCUGAAAAGUUUGUGAAACAAGGAGAGGAGGAGGUAGCGUCUCACUUCGAAGCGGCCUUUCCAAUCGCGGCAGUGGCCUCAGGGAUCUGGGAGCAGCACCCCAUCGUUGGAGACCUGUUCCUGGCUCACCUCCACAGGAAGUGCCCCUUUUCCAUCCCAUUCAACCCCCGGAGGAAGGACGCAGACUCUGACCUGGAGCACCACAGGAUGAUGGGGUACCGUGUGGAUGAGUCCAGUGGGCUGGAGACAGAUGACAGUUUUUUGAAGCGCAUGUCGGGGAUGAUCCGGCUCUAUGCUGCCAUCAUCCAACUACGGUGGCCUUAUGGGUCCCAACAAACGCCUGCUCCCCACGGUCUGAACCAUGGCUGGAGGUGGCUGGCUCAGAUGCUCAACAUGGAACCACAGAAGGACACCACAGCCACUCUGCUCUUUGACUUCCUGGAGGUUUGUGGAAACGCUCUAGUGAAACAGUACCAAGGCCAGUUCUGGAAACUCCUCCUGUUUUUAAAAGAGGAAUACUUCCCCAGAAUUAAAGCAGCAACCAAAGAUGGACAGAUGGGAUCACUCACCAGACUUGAAAAAUUUCUAGAGACUUCACUUCGGAGUCGACAGAUCAGCCCUCCAAAAGGUCAACUCACUUCAGCUUUCUGGAGAUCGUGAUCCAAAAUAAAUACCAAAAAAAUGAACUUGAAAAAGAAAUAAGCCAAGUCAUUGACCUCCUGUAAAUAUAUGGAGCAACUCUACAGACACAUGUGACACUGUGGGACGACUUUUAUUUUUAUUUUUUUUAAAUCACUAUAGAAACCUCAAAAAGACAACAUUGUUGAAUGUGAAAUUGUGAGAAAGUGUUAAAACAUUAACAUAACCAGAUGCCAGUACUCGUACUCAUCGAUGGGCUGCUAUCAUAUUUGACGUUCACAACUCGCCUCUGAGCUGAGCAGUGCACUCUGAGCAGUGAGGAGUUAGAGCUGAUGUGACCAUAAAGAAGCACAAUAACUGUUCUGCACAUUAAGCUCAGCUUUGAUCAUAUGUGACUGUCACAGGAACUAUAUUAGGAAGAUAUUUAGGAUGCUAAAAAGUUUUUAUAGUUCACAAAGGAUAUGAGCACAGUGCUUGUGUACAGUUCAGAAAGUGGUAGACAUUGAUGAGUGGUGCUGGCGAAAAUAAUCCAAUUGACAAAUUUGGCAACUGAAUAGAGCUGCUUCAGAGCCUGGUGAAAGUGUGGCCAUGGUAAAAGUGGUAUCGGUGCAUCCCUACAUACGAGGUAUUCACCACGAUGAGUUUAUAAGUGCAUAAGUGCUCAACUUUGUGAUACUAGAGCGGGGUUUCCUGUCACAGUAAAGCUAACAACGAGCAUGUUAACCAUGCAAUUUCUGAUUAUCGGCCAAUAAAUUAGGACUUAUUUUGACCCCAAGAGCUGCUUAUAUAAUAUAUUUGUACUCGGGCAAGACAAACACAUGUGAAAUCAGGUACAGGCGGCUCUUAAAGGCAAUACAUAUAUCAGGGGAAAUAUUAUUUUCAGAUUGUAUCAUUUUUACCAGAAUUUGCUGAGAUCUAAUUGGUGCUGUGGUAUUUUGUGUGUAUAUGAAUCCUACACUGAACAUAUUUUUGUAUUUAUUUUUAUAGUUAGACCUUGUUAAGACUAGGAUGUACCUGUGAAUAACUGAACUGUGCUUUGAGAGAAAAAAUAUCUUUGGAUGUUGUGCCAAAGUCUAAAAUAAAAGUCAAUGUUUUGUUUUUAU